GACGAAGCAGAGCAAUUUUUCUCGUCAAGUUGAACUAUUCAUCAUCCAUUCUGCCAUCCCAACUUGCUACAGACAUUCUAGAAAUCUUGGUGCCCAAACCCGAAUCCAAAAACCCAAACGCCCAUGCCCGUUAUGCUCCAAGUAAAACAGCCUCUCUCUCCCCCUUCCCGCCACGACUCGGACUACUCCAACGCCGCCAGGGCCCGCUCCCUGAUCAGGUCCUUCUCGCAGUCAAACGACUGCGGGCUCAGAUAUGUCACCACACGAAGCUGGUUCUUGGCCAGCGCGCAGCCGACAUAGUAGUGGGACCCGCACCUGUCGUCGAGCGUCUUCUUUCCACUGUGCAAAGUCCACAUAUUAGCUAAGAUGCCGCCUCAUAGUUGUCGACCUGCGUCAUGUCUGCCCUCCUCGUCGAGAAGUAUCCGCGCAGGCGAGACAGCACCUCGGUGUCGCUCUUGCAGAAGUACGUUGGCGACACGUACAUCUUGGCCGAGACGGGCUUCCCGGCACCAAGGGUGUAGUAGAAUCCCGGGCUGGCACGGCCGGGCGCAUCCUCAGGCAGCUGGUCAGGUGCGUCCGCCAGGAAUGCAAGCCAGAAAUCCUUCAUGUCCGCGAGCGCCUGCUCGCCGAGACCAUCCUCGCUCAGCCGCCCGCCCAUCGUCAGGCAGUCCAUCAUGUACUCAAGGCUCGUGUGCCGCGCCCGGAUGUACAACUUGACCCGCGCCCUCGACGGCUCCAGGCAGUCGAUGGAGAGGAUGCCCGUCUCGAAACCCCAGCGCGCUGUGCCCUCGUCCAGGUACUGCAGCAGCGGCUCGCACCCCAGGGACUCGUACUGCGCCUUGGGGAGGCUGCGGAUGGCGCGCUGGACGAGCUCAAGGUUGCUGAUGCCCAUCUCGAGGGCCUUGAGGCCCGGGUAGAUGUACAUCUUCAUCACAGGCCCCGUCUUCUCGAUGUCCAGGGCGACCACAACCCCAGCCUUGGGCGUUGUCUCCUCGAUGAACACCUCGGCUGUCUUUUCACGCUUCAUAUCCCGCGAUGGCAGGAUCGCCUUGGUGAAGUGGUCGUACCACUCCAGGUCCAGCCCGGGAACCAUGCCCUGGUCCCUGAGCCUCUGGAUCCAGGCGUCUGUCGCGAAAGAGUUGAGCGGGUCCAAAUCUGUACCGGCGUGCGGGCCGAUGCACUCGAACGAGUACCUGACGGUGCCGUUGUUGCCAUUCCCCCACUCCCACGAGAAGUCGAUUGGUGUUGAGUCCGGAGUACCUGGGCUUCUCCAUCCCCGGACGUUGCCUUGUGCGUCGGGGGCCUUGCCCAGCUCUGGUGCGACGAAGAGGGCAUAGAAGAUCAGUUCUUUGUACUGCUCCGUUGCGCUGUACCCGGCCCUCUGGAUGAGCUUGGCGAACAUUCGACCUGUCCGGUCCCACCAGUACUGUGUGUCCUCAUUUCGGAACUGGAUGGUGGCAUUCACCGUCUCCCAUGGCUGGGGGGUGUCUAGGUCCAAUGGUCUCUUGAUGCUGAUGACCUUGGUGUGGUGCUCUUGCUCGAGCUCCGUCUUGUCCUUUGGCAGGGCCAAGGCCGCGGGCACACGACUGAUGACUUGCAUCCUGGAUGACGGGAGAUAUAUACAGCAACAGACUAAAGGUUCCUUGUUGGUUCUGGUAUUUUGGAACGAAAAGUGGGAAACUUGGAGAGAAUGGAAUAGAGACGGGACUGGAAGUCAUCGAGAAGGGCGCGAGAUCGUCCAUGUCUCUAAUACUCGCUCCCACUAUACCCAGGCCAUGAUGGCGAUCCAUUGCUUUCGAGCCCGACGAGGCGGGUAAACUCCUUCGCCCAUUGGUCGUGCCUGUUGAGUAUGCUGGAGUCCUCCAAGGAUCUUCAGGCCCUUCUCUCAGAGGGGCAAGUCUUCGAAACGGGAAGGAUGUGGCGAUCCACCCACACGGGCGAGCCCCUCGUCAAAGGUGGGCCAUGAUCUUGUUCGACGCAUGGGGCAGCCGUAUUGGGUCACAGUUGGUCAACAAGCUGGGGGUAAGCCCUGCGAUGAGAUGACCGUGGUACGGGCACUAGGUUGGACUCCAGCAUCAUCCGUCUACGCUAUCAAAUCGCAAGGCCCUUGCUUCUUGUGCCGAAAAGAGAUGUCAGGCCGAUUAUUGGGAGGCUUCCAUCUUCUCAUGGCCCUGAUUUCCUCUCUCUAUGCGCCGAGAUGCACCCGGCCUCCCUCUAUAUCCACCGAGAUACACCCGGUCAUCCAGGCUUUAUGGCUUAUGGCCGAGAUCCAGUUGCCCAGGUGAUUACGACUCGAGACUUUCCACAUUGAUACAUCAACUGUGUAGUGUACAUCCGAUAUCCGGACUCGCCUGGUAUACAGCCAGCGUUUUCCGCACUCGGCUGGGUAUGCCGGACCAGCGAGGUUGCAAGGCUCGAACUUCCAGAAGCAUUAGAUAACGGCCAAGGAGAUCUAAAGUUUCGCAGACAGAUCCGACCGUGCGAUGACGGCUGGGCUGACGUCGUACCGGAUUGGCCUCAAACGCGUGGGUACCCUCCAUCCGGGCAUGCCCUGGCCCACCACGUUUCGAGGUGGUACCGUGAUAAGGAAAGCUUAAGACUGCAAACAACUCUUGUCAAUCAGUGUAUUUCUUUGUUGUCAUGCUAGCCAUCACCGUUAUAGCGGGCCAUCGAUACGAUCUCAUAUCGCGGCUGGUGGACCGAGUCAUACCUGUCCCCACGGGGAGGAGGCUCAAGGGUUCAAAAGUUCGAGGACCCGCCCAGUCACAGGCAGGACCCUCUUUAUCCCUCCAGCCUUUAUCACCUGCCCAAAACCAAUUUACAAGGCUGAAUCAGCUCUUCCUCGGUAUCGGAAGCUGAGGGCCCUCCAGAUAAGCAGGGUCAACAAGAACAGAAUCGGUGAGAUGACUCGCGGCGCUCUUUGGGCUCUCGUGUGACAGAGAGGCAACGGCGCAAAAUGGAAAAGAUGUACGCCGUCAACUCAUGUACUCGAUGGCCAUCAUUCGAAAGCGUUUCGUUGAAAAUAUCGGGCACGGUGAGGACCCACCACUCGGUGUCUGCGGGAGUUCCCCUUCGUACUUGUACACAAGGGACGCAUGCUUGCCCUCUAGGGACAACUGCCUAUCAUAUUGGGGUGAUUACAGGACAUGAUAAUUGGGGGUAAGAGAUAGACGUGCGUGUUAAUGCUGUCUCGGAGUAAGGGAACUGUAACCCGACAACUGAUCGCCACUUGCGCUCUCAUCCUCAUGCUCACUCUCCUCUCUGGUGAACAAGCGUGAGUGAAAACACCGAAGAUGGAGCACCUCACAGGAAUCGGGGGGAUGUUAUCGCUAAAGAGUGUCCCUCUGUACUGCCUGGCUGCGAUACUGCUGUUCGCGACCGGCAAGGUGUUCUAUAACCUCUUCCUACACCCGCUCAGGAAGUACCCGGGGCCCUUCUGGGCCGGGUCGACGAGGGCCUACUACCUCUGGUACGACGUCCGCGGGCACAGCCACUGGAAGGUGAACGAGUGGCACCAGAAGUACGGGCCGGUGAUCAGGAUCGCCCCGGAUGAGCUCUCAUACACAGACAGCCGCGCCUGGCCGGCCAUCUACGGGUUCCCGAACAAGGAGGGCACGGGCAACUUCGAGAAGGACCCGCAGUGGUGGAACAAGACCGUCACGGGCGUCGUCAACAUCCUCGACGCCGACGACGCGGGCCACCGCCGCAUGCGGCGCCUGCAGAACCCGGCCUUCAGCGACAAGGCGCUGCGCGCGCAGGAGUCUGUCAUCUGCGGGUAUGCGUCGCUGCUGGUUCACAAGCUGCAUGGUCUGUGCAGUGGCGGCGGCAGUGCCGUGGUGGACAUGACGUCCUGGUAUAAUUUUACUACCUUUGAUAUCAUCGGCGACUUGGCCUUCGGCGAGCCCUUCUACUGCCUGCAGAAUGCAGAAUGGCACUGGUGGCUCCAGGCCGUGUUCGACAUCUUCAAGGCGGGCACGAUGCUCCGGGCGGCGCGCCGCUUCCCCGAGCCGCUGGCGACGCUGCUGUGCCUCUUCAUCCCGCGGCAGCUGAUCCAGACGCGCAAGGAGCAGUUCGCGUUCGGCAUGCAGAGGGUCGACAAGAGGCUGCAGCAGACGACCGACAGGCCUGACUUCAUGUCAUACAUCCUCAACGCAGAAGGCGAAAAGGGCAUGACCCUAGAGGAGACGUACACGGCCGCGCAGGUCCUGAUCGUAGCAGGCAGCGAGACGUCGGCCACGGCGCUGUGCGGGUCGACGUACCUGCUGCUGUCGAACCCGGACGCGCUGGCCCGGCUCACGGCGGAGGUCCGGGGCGCCUUCAAGACCGGCGCCGAGAUCCUGCCCCACGCCACGGCGGCGCUGCCGUACCUCAACGCCGUCGUCGAGGAGGCCCUGCGGCUGUGCCCGCCCGGCCCGGGCACGUUCCCCCGGCGCGUCCCCGAGGGCGGGCGCGUCGUCUGCGACCGGUUCGUUCCGGGUGGCGUGGCCGUCGGCGUGCACCAGGUGGCGACGCACCGGGACCCGAGGAACUUUGUCAGGCCGCUUGAGUUCAGGCCCGAGAGGUGGCUUGGGGACCCCGAGUUCGAGGGGGAUAACCGGGCUUGUUUCCACCCCUUCUCGUUUGGACCUAGGAAUUGCAUCGGGAAGAACCUGGCGUACGCCGAGACCAGGACCGUCCUGGCGAGGAUGUUCUGGCACUUCGACAUGGCGCUGCACCCGGAGAGCGCCGGCUGGCUGGACAGGCAGAAGACGUACACGACGUGGCAGAAGGACGAGAUGAAGGUCGAGAUCAGGCCGCGCGCUGCUGCGGCGUAGGUCAGGAGAAGGGGCCGUACCUGCCUACCUACCUACCUACCUACCUACCUACCUGCCCUGGCUGAGGCUUGCCUCUGUCCUACUCUUGUCAACCAGUGUAGACCGGGGCGGGGGGGAGAGGUCUUCUCAUGUGCUUGCUUGCUCGACUUGAGCGGGGCGUUUUGAGUGAGGAGGACAGCGGCCGGGUGUAAAUCUGUCCCCGCGCUUCGGUCGUCGUCUUUUCCUCGUUCGUUCUUGGGGCACGGUUGAGCGGUAUACACACUCGCUCGGGACCUGUGUGUGAUGUGGUUGUGUCGUCUCCCUGCUCUGCCCGUACCCCUCCCCCUCCCCCCGGGCCCGCCCACAUCAGCACAUCGGGCAUCUGGUACCUGGUUCGAGCGUCACGUCUCGGGUCGCGCGGCCUGGAGGGUAUAUAAAAUCAGAUUCAUGAAUAAUAUAAACAUGGAAUCCCCAAAAGAAUUUUCGUCAGAAGUAUCCCGAGUCCUAAGUCCGAGUCCCUGGUAUCCCAUCGCAUUUCCCAAAAAAAACCAACAGAGGUCACCCAGCUCGUGAAACCAGAAUGUUGUCGUCGAAAUGCCCCCUCUUGGAAUUUCCGUAGAAAGACCAGCCAUCUGUCUAAGAAACCAAUAAGAAGAAACUACUAUAAGCGCCGGGGCAUCAGUGAUUGGUGUCUCCAACUCCACAAACGCCUUGCGGAGGUGAGAAAUCGUCCAAACAUGGUCGUCAGUCAAUAUCACUUUCAUAUAAGCGCCAAGGCGCCCGUGAGCCUCAGUGCCGUGGGCGGCGUGGUCCCCCUUCCCGCUCACUUCCCUCCUCAGCCCUUGUCCUUUCAAUGGCUGUACCCAUAACUAUGCGGCGUCGGAUGGCUCGGAUAGUUACCACCGCGACCCUUGGCAUAGUCUGCCGGGUUAUACGGGGCAUACGCGUUCUGCGCCUGCGCCGAUUUCGAAUCGCGCCUCUUGACGGCGUCCGCCCCGGCGCUGUGCUCCUCGGGCGUCUCCUUGUGCGUCGCCAGCUCGGACGCGAAGCCCUGGUGCUCCAGGCCCGGCGACUGGAACCCGCCGCCGCCGGAGACGUCGGACGACACGGACGUGGGCCUGGAGGUGUUGGCCUGCGAGGCGGCCUGGCUCUGGGACCAGCGCCAGUCGCCGGCGGGCUGGGGCGACGUGCGCGACGAGGAGUGGACCGAGGCCAUGUCCGAGUUGUUGUAGGUGGGGGACGGCUGCGGGGGCUGCAGCCGCGGUGAGGCCUGGGGGUACGAGAAGUCGCCGGGCAUCUCGACCGGGAAGCUGUUGGUGCCGGGCUGCGGCUGCUGCUGGGCGGGGAGCUCUGCGUGUGUCGGCUGCGCAAAUGCUGGGUGGAGGUGUGCUGGUGGUGGACUUCCAUACGGGGCAGACCAGUGUGGGUUUUGCUGCAUGGGUGUGCCGCUCUUCUGGUACUGGUGCGAAGCCGGUCGGGGGAUCUGGUACGGCGUGGGUGGCGGUGACAUGGAGCCGGGCUGGUGAUACAUGGAGGUGGGAGAGGGCCUAGGGGACACCUGGGCGUCUGGUACCGUCACGGUCCGGUCGUUGGGGUUGAUGGUCUUGAGCUUGCCGUCCUCGAUCAUGGCGUGCAGCACCCCGGCGUCGAGAAGUUCGGCCUUCUUGAUUAUCCGCGAAACCAUCUCCUUGGAAGCAGCCUUCAUCUGCGCCUUGACAAACGACAUGACCGCUACAUUACACUUGAUCUCGACGUCAUCGCGAAGGUAGAGCCCGUCGCUAGGGGCGCCCAGGGAGGCCAGGCCGAUCUCAGGCUGCUCGGGGGGCUCAACACCAGGCUGGUUGCCGGAGAUUCGAUACUUGUUCCUCAGGUCGACGUUCAUGGGGGCGUAGAUGUGAGUCUGCAGGCCCCACGGCAUGUCGUGGAAGCAACCGUUGAAGGAGAUUUUGCCGGAGCCCAUCUUGCCGAGGCCUGGGACAUACUGGAUCCUCUGGUUGAUCUCAUACCAGGUGCUGUAGUACUCAUCCGAGGCAGCUUUCUGGGGCGCCUUGAUGGGCUUGUGGUCGAGGACCAGGGGAUUCAGGGUGAUGACCUCUGAAUGGCUGUGAAGGAUGUCGAUGGCGAGCUGGCGCGGGAUGAACCCCGGGAUCGGAGUGACGAUUGUGUAGGCCUCCUUCUUGCGCAGCAUGCUAGACAUUGUGAGCGAUGGUCAGGUGCCUGGCGGCGCGGCGCGGCGGGUACGGGUUGGGAGGUUGUAGGGCUGAGACAAGAUGGACGUUGGAGGAGGCAGGCGGCGGGGGUCGGCGAGGAGAUAAAUCACAUGCGGCUGGGUCACGGCUGAAAUGGAACCACAAGGUGGAGGACUAACAUUUGUCUUAAGAUUGGCAGGACGGGAGAGGGAAUCGAAUCCUCCACCAAUUUAGGCUUUUGGCCUUUUGGCGCAAGACCCCUGAAACUUGGACCUGGUCGACGUCGUGGCUGGGAGGCCGGGUCGGUUGGUGCUAGUCGAGGGCCGUUUCUGGGCACGAGGCUUGCUUGGUCGUGCUGGGCGGCGGGGGAGAUGGUGUGUUGGAAACCUUGCAGAAGAAUAUGAAAGGUUGGGCUGUUGUUGGAGGAGCGAGGCGAGAUCAAGUAGGCAGGCGGUAGGCAGACUGUUCGUCAGGCCGGGAGUGACGGUACGAGGGAGGGGCAAAUGGUCGAGUCGAGCGAAACCAGUCAAGCGGCCGCCGUGAUUACGCUCUGGGCAUGACGAAAGGGCGAGAGGGCGAGCGGGCCGGGGGCAAUGUGCGCGCAGAGGAAUGUGAUUACGCGUGUAAACGGCACAGCAAGGAGCUUUGUGGGUUGUGGUUGUGGGUUAUGAGUUGUGAGUCGUCGUUGGUUUGGUUUUCUGGGUCCUGUUGGUUGCAGUCUAUUGAUUGUUGGAGGGGUGGGGGAGGGGAG